UCUUUUACUCGUUUAUUCCCUUCACAAGAUUAAGUGUCGCCGUACAUGAUCGUCUGUCUUUCUUUCCGUCUGUUUUUUUGCCCCUUUCCGGAUAUCAUUUCGCGAAGAAGCUUCCAGAAGCUCUUUAAAAAUGCUAGCUGAAAGGAUUUUUGUGUUUUCCUAAUGUCACAGCCAUUUUUGAUACAAAAUGGAAUCCGUCUAAGGCCGGGAGGAGAUUCAGCGAGCAGCGAGCUUUCCUUGGACCCCCGAUUUGCAGGAUUCUGAGCCUGAGGAGAGGGGGCUCUCCUCUUUUAUAAGCUUAUGACAAGUUUGGAGACCUGGUCAGUGUAUUGAAGACUUAGAAGCUAUCCGUAAGGUUUUGUUCUCACGGCUACCGAGGGGAGCCGAUUCGAACAAAACUGGCAGAGCCUUAAAACUUUUCUUUUUUUUUUGAUGUAUUUUAGAAGUUAAAGGUGAAGAAAUGUCGCCGCUAGCACCGGCUGCUUCCGUUCCUGUUGAGGGCCAUAGAUCUAUGCCGACGCCGUUUCUGGUUAAGACAUAUCAGCUUGUCGAUGAUUCCAACACGGACGACAUUAUUUCAUGGAACCAAGACGGCGUUACUUUCAUAGUUUGGCGGCCUGCGGAAUUCGCUCGUGAUUUACUGCCUAACUAUUUUAAGCACAACAAUUUCUCUAGUUUUGUUCGCCAGCUGAACACAUAUGGGUUUCGAAAGGUGGUGCCAGAUAGAUGGGAGUUUGCCAACGAAUUUUUCCGAAGGGGAGAGAAACAGCUUCUCUGUGAUAUUCAUAGAAGGAAGAAUUCACAGGGCAAUGUAGCCGCUACUACCGCAAACAGAGCUAUUUCUUCGUCGACUUCAGGUGAGGAGCAAGGCUUGUCAUCCACGUCUUCUCCCUCUCUCUCCGAUAGUCUUUUGGACGAGAAUGAAAAGCUGAAACAGCAAAAUAAGCACCUCAAAUCAGAGGUGGAGCACAUGAAAAAUCUGUAUGAAGAUAUCCUCAAAUUUAUGUCUAAGAAUGUACAUAUUUCGUCGGACAAUUUGAAAAAUUUAUUGUCCCUCUGUAAAAUUCCAAUCGAUUUAGAUGGAUCGAAGGAUUCAAUCAAUCAAUUCGCAGAGGCAAACAAGGGAACAACAACCUUGUUUCCUUCGCCACGAGAAAAUGUUAUCCCGGUCAAGGUUGAAGACGAUGAUUACGAGGGAAGCCCUAAGCUUUUCGGUGUGCCUUUGGUCAGAAGAAAAAGGUUGCGCCCUUGUAACAUUGACGACAGAUCGCAAGCUGUACAUGAAAAUAAUAUUUGCGUCCCAGAUGAUGCAGUAAAGUGUGUGAAAGCGGAACCGGGCCUGGAUUUAAGCCUAAAACAAGAGGAAGCUCCUUGGCUCAAGUUCAGCUCUCCACGCAACGAGAAAGUCUGUAACUGAGCAUUAAUUUAGAAUAUUAAUGCAGGUUUUAGCUUUUUUACUUUCCUUAUUAUAAAUGCUUAGCUGACUUAUUGCAGCGUUGCAGGGAAAUGAUUAAAAAGUAAGCAAGUCGGUAUUUAUUGCCACUAAUGUAAUUAAUUUCCUGGCUUUCUAAAACGUAUUUUUCUAGUGUUUUAAAGAAGAUGCUGCAAAAAAGAAGCGACUGUAGCUUCGAUUGAACUGUAAUUUAUGGAAUCCACUGACCCAAAGUAGUCAAUGGCCCACAAAAGAGAACUGCAUCUCUGUAACAUCUACAGUAUAAAUAAAUAAAAAAUCAAAUAAAGCAGCAUACUUAAAUA